GGACCUGCUCUGCUCUUUAAGAAAACGCACAAGUUUAUUUUCACAUAUACAUAUAGCAUAUAUAUAUGUGUGUGUGUGUCCUAUUUUAUAACAAUACAUAAUACAUGGCCAUAUAUAUGUAUAUAAUGUAAUGUUCGAGUUCAUGGAGACAUGAAUACACGUGGGAUGGGAGGGAAGAAGAGAUUCAUCUGAAGAAGAGGAAGAAGAAGAAGAAGGAUAGGAGAAGCAGCAGAAAGAGACAGAAGAUUUAAUUCUCUCUCCGUCUCCUCUCUUCUGCUGCUAUAGCUGUUGAGUUGCUGCAGUUUCAGAGAGGAAAGCGCAAGCACCUGAGAGAAGAGGUUGAUCGAAGAUUGGUACAACAAUUUCGCUAGGAUUUGCAGACUCUCUGGAGAAAGCUCAAGUCUGGUUGCAGGGCUUCAUUCGUCGUUCGAGUUUCUUUUUCCACGUGCAAUGGAAUUUCGUAGGGACCAGAAGUCAUAACAAUGGGAGGCUGCGUCUCUUCUACAAGUAAACACGUUCUGGUAACACGAAAGAACCGAUUGAAGAAACUGUCAUCGGGCAAGAAAUGGCGUAGGAAGAUAUGCUCUUCCAUUGUGCCGAUAAGGCGUCGGACUAGUGCUGGGAACCGUGUGAGUGACUUCUCCGUUAGUGAGUUCGUCCAUCUUGACUUUAAUACACGCCCUGCAGAUCCUGCCAGCAAGAGGCAUGAGGUCUCAAACCGGAAGUUUCAUCUGACCCAACUACAGUGGAAUCAUAGUCAAAACCAAAUUGAUGAAAAUGGAAUUUGCCAAGAUGAAGCAUGGUUCGACUCAGUCAGCAUCCUGGAAUCCGAGUCUGACGAUGACUUCAUUAGCAUACAUGGAGAUAGUUUUAUCCAGGCCGCUCAAUUUGAGAACACAUCUCACACUGUAGAUAUUAAUGGAAGUAAUAAGUGUGAUGGAUACCAUGAGAGUUGCAAAACAAUAGACGAACCUGUUCAAGAACCUCGGGAAAAAAAUCGAACCGCAAGUCCCAUGCAUCCAGCUCAGAAGAAGAAAUCUACGGUUAUUUUAUUACCGGUGAAGAGGAAAUCCUACGGCGGAGAGGAAUCAACUGAGUAUUGUACAUCAGAGAGAAUUGUGUAUCGGCCCCGAGGAGGGCUCCAAAUACCACGUUUUAAGGGGGAGAAGCCAACACCAGGGAGCUGGUCCGAGGUUUCACCUUCGGUUUUUAAACUCCGUGGCGAGAACUACUUCAGGGAUAAAAGGAAAUACCCGGCUCCAGGUUGCAGCCCUUAUAUCCCGAUAGGAGUCGAUUUAUUUGUCUGCCUGCAGAAAAUGCAUCACAUUGCACAGAAACUCGAUCUUCCUUCUGUAAAACCACACGAGAAAGUGCCUCCUCUUUUGAUCGUUAAUAUACAGGUUCCGACCUACCCUGCCACCAUGUUUGGUGAGAACGAUGGGGAAGGAAUGAGCCUCGUUUUGUAUUUCAGAUUAAACGAGAACUUUGAUGCUGAGAUUUCUCCUGGUUUCCAGGACAGUAUCAAGAGAUUGGUCAAGGAUGAUAUGGAAAAGGUCAAAGGAUUUGCGAAGGAAAGCUUAGUUCCAUUCAGGGAGAGGCUUAAGAUUUUGGCGGGCGUCAUAAAUCCUGAGGACCUUCAGCUGGGCUCAACUGAGAGGAAGCUCUUGCAAGCUUACAACGAAAAACCAGUUCUUUCACGUCCCCAGCACAGUUUCUAUCGGGGACCUAAUUAUUUCGAGAUCGAUCUUGAUGUACAUCGGUUUAGCUUCAUAUCAAGAAAAGGCCUAGAGGCUUUCAGGGAACGGUUAACAAAUGGAAUUAUCCAUCUUAGUUUGACUAUCCAGGCCCAAAAGCCAGAGGAAUUGCCUGAACAAGUCCUCUGCUGUGUACGCCUGAACAAGAUCGAUUUCAUCAAUCAUGGUCAGAUACCGAGAAUUGUAACUGCUGAUGAAUACUUAUUCCUCGAAAGACAUGACUGACGAUGAAGCAGCAGUGGACGGAUCCCCAGAAAGGAAGUAACACACCACCCCCCCCCCCCCCCCCCCCCCCCCCCCGCGGUGUUUUAUCUGCACAGACUGUUCUGGCCUAUUUUCAGCGUAGAAGGCACAAAUGGAGGGGUCUGCAUUUGCGAAACAAUGCAUUUGAGACCCUGCAAGCACAAUCGAGUUGCCUUCAGCACAUUUUACAGAUAGUCGAUUCCAUUCAUUGUUUACUGUAGAUUAUGCUCAAGUAUGAGUUUAAUGUUGAUUAUUGCAUUGAGGAAAUCACGGCAACUUCUAAUUCAUUCCACUUGGUGUGAAAGAAUCCAUCUAAUGGUAUAUUUAUGUUCUCGAUAA